UCCGCCUCAAACGUUCUCUCUUCCAGACGGAGAGUCAGAAUCAGGUAUCAACGGCUCCUGUGUGCUUGCCUUUGUUAUUGAAAAAAGGAGAAAAAAAUUCGGUUCUGACUAUAUCCCCCAUUUCAUAUCCGCUGCUUUUGAUGUGACUGAGUUCAGCAAGUGGUUUACAUUUUAGUUGCAAUGUGGAUACUAGUCGAGAAGUGAAAAAUAUUUGAAUAAUAUUCUGAAUUUAAAAAAAAUAUACAUAUCGUUGAUUAUUUUGUUGACAGUGCCGCAACGUGGAAUUCAUUUUUGACGUUAUGUUGCCAUGCAGCUGAGAAGUGUGCGUAAGCGGAUGACUUUGUGGUGAAUAUUGCAAAAAAGGGAAGGAAUACACAAGGAUUUUGAAUAACGCAAAAGACAUCGUAGAAGUUUUGUGAUUGAUGAGAUGCAGAAACUUCAAAAUAUAUUUCCAGCACUGCAAAGAACCACUUCUCUGUUCAACUGUUUUAGAACUGUUUGAUAUUUCCAAAAGCUGUACAAAAUAAAAUAAUUUACAUCACGUCUUCGAAGUCAAAGAUAAUGAAUAAUGUUAAGCAACGAAUAUGUUUCAGAUGAAUUUUGAACUGCUUUUACAGCGAGGUGAUCUGUUAAUAUGUUUUGCUUUGUGAAACAGACUGCCAGAGAAUAAAUCGCCUUUUGUUUAUGAAAUGUGCUUAUGGCUGAACUGCUUCUAAUAAUUUGUAAAAAAAAUAACAAAGAAUUUAUUUUUCAAGUGAAAACUUGCGUUGAACAAACAAGAUUGAAAAAAAAGGAUAUUUUAUUUGAUCGUGAAUUGAUCAAAUUCCUCAAAAGCCCUAAGGAUAAUCUCUGAAUCUAGACUGAAGUCUAAAAAAAGUGUUUUUUUUUUCCGCCUGUGAGUUCUGAAAUCUGGCAACGUAGAGAAAGUGCUGACUAAAUGAAGCAUGGAAAUUCAUAAAUGCCAAGUGAAUUUUUGAAAAAAAUGUUCUGAUAAUUAGGAUGGUGCUUAGUAAACGCCUAAGCAAAUUAUAAUUCUUUGCUUUACAGUAAAUAAUUCUUUUCAAUCUUAAAACGGUACUGCGUUUUAGCCUACGUUUUUCUCACAUUUUGAAACAGGAUUAUUUCUAUUUAAACUGCACGCCACAAAAAUAUGCGGAACCUGUCGUGAGGUCAACUGCAUUUCCUCUGAUCCACUGAAAACCUCGGGACAAAGAAGGAAUAAAACCCCGCGCUAUCAAAUAUGCACAAAGGGACUGUUAGGUGUGGCCUUAAACUAUGUUUAUCAAGCUUAUUAUCAGUUUUUCUGCUCAAUGCAUCUGCAAAAGCUGACGAUUUCAGUCAAGAUGAUCGAUGCUAUCUUUCAAAUGGCGGAUCAUCAGAAACGUUUACUGUGCGGGAAGAUUUGCCCGUUGGCAGUAUUAUUGGUACCCUUCCAAUUCCGGGAGAUCCAUCAAAAGACGGUGAUAUUGAGCUGACGCUUACUUCCGAACAUUCUCCUGUCGGAAUUGAAGAAUCUACCAAAAACCUCAUUUUAAAAGAAGCACUGGAUAAAGAAGGAGUGUCAGGACUUUCAUCUGUACUUCUGGACGUUGCUUGCAGUAAAAAGGAAACAGAUGACCCCAGUAUCACGAUUCCUGUACGUAUUAUCGUUACUGAUGCCAAUGACAAUGCUCCGGUUUUUGUUGGUGCUCCGUAUUCAGUUAAUAUCAGUGAGGUAACUGUCGUUGGCUCAACUGUGAUUCAAGGUAUUAAAGCUGUGGAUAAAGAUCAAGACGGUCCCUUCAGCACAGUGGAAUAUAAUGUGGAUGAAGGUCCUUAUUCGCAUCUUCUGGCUUUCGAAAACACCCUUGAAGGACACGUGAUACUUGCAUCAGCUUUGGAUUAUGAAACCUUGCCAAAUUUCACUGUAAUCAUCAAAGCAAAGGAUCAUGGAGAGCCACCACAAUCCUCUCUCACAACUUUGACAGUGUGGGUCCAAGAUGCCGAUGAUCAAAAUCCCCGAUUUCUUUCUGAAAGUUACAAAACUGUUCUGCCAGAAAGACCUCGACCGGGCAUGCCUCUAACCAUCACUCCAGCCCCCAUAAAAGCAGAAGAUCCCGAUGAAGGCAUCCAAGCUCCAAUUCAGUAUUCUUUUAACUCAGAAUCUCCAGAAUACUCAUAUUUUGAGUUAAAUCGCCGCACUGGGCAAGUUACAAUACAGAAGGCACUUCCUGAAGACCUACGUCUACCAAUUACAUUAGUUAUUAAAGCCACUCAGAUUGACAACCCUGACCGUUACUCUCUGACUACGUUAACUGUGGAGAGUGAUAAUAUCUUACCAACUGAUCUGAAGUUUCUGCAAACAGAAUAUGUCACUACGGUGCUCGAAAGUGCACCUCCUGGUCAAGUUGUAAUCACUGUUCAUACAACCAAACCAAACGAUAAGCACGUACGUCUGCAGUUGUUAGAGAAUCCAACUGAAGAAUUUGCUAUUCAAAACACGGGUGAAAUUAUUGUGUCAAAACCUCUGGACUAUGAGAAACAAACUCUUUAUUCUUUAAGAGUAGUUGCUUCAGAUGGCAAAACGAGUGAUGUUGCAAGAGUAAAUAUCACUGUCAUGAAUGUGAAUGACAAUGACCCAAAAUUUGCUCAGCCACAGUAUAACUUCUUAGUAAAACAUGAAGAUGUCCGGAUAGGCAGUCUCAUAGGAACCAUUGAGGUUGCAGAUGAAGAUAUAAAUGAUACCGUAGAAUUAAAACUGAAAGGCCCAUUUGCAAGAGUAUUUUCGAUCACAAAUAAAGGAGAGCUUCGUGUCCGAAAUCUCGAGUUUCUUAACGCUAGCACGUGCCAUGUCAUUGUAGAAGCAACUGACAACGGAGACCCACCUCGUCAGUCUUCUGUGCUUGUUACUGUUCAAUUUCCAGAAGAUAUUACUCAAUCCAGCGUUUUCAAGAUUAAGAAAUCAGACAGCUCGCUGCUUCUUAUGAUCGUUUUUGGAGUCCUUCUGGGCACCCUGAUAAUAGUCAUUAUAACACUCACUGUGUAUAUUUUGAAGACAAAACAGUAUCGAGACCGCAUCCCUAAUGUAGUUUCUUCUGGUGGUCAACCUAUGGUAAAUAAAAUGGCCACCUAUAUAUCUGGUAGCAGUCUUCCGAGUAAUAAUAAUAAUAAACCUCAGGGAGGACAGAGCCCUAAUGCUGUUGAACGGCAGUCAGGAGUUGAGAACCCCGUGUUCAAUAUGGCAGAUCAUAAUCAUCAAGGGACUAUACAUCGAGGGCAAUUACCUCCUUCGCCUUCAGAAGUCAGUGCUUGGCAAGCCAAUGGCACCCUUAGAGAUGAUCACCAGAUGGGUAACUUUACAACCAGGCCUGGCAGUGGAUUAAGUAAUGGAAAAGUGCAAAAUAUUUAUUGGCCAAAUGGUUCUAUUCCCCGUAGGGUGAAGAAGUUGAGUUGGGAAGAUGAACAGCCCAAUAGGACUGAAUUGGAUCCUGAUGUCAGUGUCACACCAUUGGGUAAAUCAUGUAAUGAUGCACUCAAACAACCUGGACUAACGGUGUACUUUUGAUUUUGGAAGCUACAAAUAAAUAGAAUAAUAAUAUGUGAAAAAACUUGCAUUGUACUGAAAAAUAUACUGUGUAGAAACACCAGUGUGUUUCUGCUAAAUUCCUACUGCAGCAAAAUGCAACUGAAAUAUUCUGUGAUAAACAAAUGAAAGGAUUUCUGGUAAACAAUUUGUGCUGCGAUGCUUCGUAUGUGUGAAAAAACUGCUUUCAUUAUCAUUUCUCAUUUCAAUCUGCGGAAACCUCAUCUUUAAUUACAUGUAAAAAUACUUUUGUUAUAGGAAGAAAAAUGUAAACUUUGCGAGAAGCGGCAAAGUGUUCACUGGAGAUGUAAUUCACAAGUAUUUUGUAGUGCCUCUAAGCAUUGGAAUUACCAAAGCAAAGUUAUAUUAAUUUUUAUUUUUAGCCAAAUUAAAAAUUUUGAAACAUCAGGAGCAUUUUAGGUGAAUCUUACAGCCAUGAGAAGUAUAACUGAGAAGUUUUCAAUUAAAUUUUAUGGUGACGUUUUCUGUGACCCCUGUGACAAGAAGAUGUGUGGAUGACAGAUACAAAAUUUAAAAUAUCUUAUCAAACAUAACUGAAACAGAAAACUACUAACUCGGUAAAUGUUAUAAUUUUAUGGAAUGACAGUAAUUCCUUAUUCUAAAAAUUUACCCAAUUUUGAACUUAGCAAUCUAAAGAAAUUUUUACUGAGAUUCUCAGGAGUAAAUGGAUGAAAAUUUUUAUCCACCACUGUGCCUUGCAAGUGACACAGCUAAAUGUUUAUUUAGUAUAUAUAGUGUAAUCAGUGUCUGUGACUUUUUAAUUGAGAAUGACUAUAAAUAUGUAAAUAAUGUAUGAGCCAGAUGUUAAGGUAUACUUUGUGCGAUAAUUGAAGUUUCAUCUUAGGUGCCUGUUACAUAGGUGAUGAAAAAUAUUUUGUUUGUAGAAUCAAGCAUUAGUCAUAUAUAUUUUCUUUCUUUCAGGAAAGGUCAGCUUUCGCAGGUUUGCUUUCAUUAUAUCAUUGUUUUUCAGAAAGCAAUCGUUAUCAUUUGCUUUAAUACUUCUGUGUUAAGAUAGUUACGGUAUGUAAGAAAAAUUAUUAUUAUGAUUCCAUGUAUAGUGCAGUUGGGAUAAGGAUGUGCUACUUAUAAAUACUGAAGUUAAAUAAUGAAAUUCGGAUAUUUAAAUAUAAUCGAGCUUUGAAAGGCUUGUUGAAGUCCUCAGUUUUUUAAUACUGUGUUAAAUCUUGUUCAAAAAUAUUUGUGUAUGCCUCAAUCAUUGUAAAUAUGUACACUUCACUUAUGUUUAUAGAUGAAAAAAAUUAGUUUUUAAUUUCUGAUUCGCGUAUGAAAAUUAUUUAUGUUAUAAAAUAGACUCACUUAAGGCUAAGUGUUAGUUUACAGUAAGUGUUGGAAUAUGGCCCAAAUGUUUAAUAUUUAUUCAGCUAAAACUGUUGAAUUGUUACUGUAAAAUAUGGAAUUGUGUUAUUAACAUCACAUCAUAUGGUUUUAUAAGCAGUGCUUUUGUUAAAUUUAGCUCUGGAAGUGUAAAUAUUUUGCUUUUUUUAUUUCUUUGCAUUGGACCUGUAAUAAUUUCUUUAAAUAUAUGCAGAAAACUGUAAGACUACUCAUAUUAUACAGCAAAUUUUUCAUUCAUUCGUUCGUGCUUAUAUUCUUGCAAUGUAAGAAAGAAAAAAUCAUGGUCAGAUGAUAAAUCUUUCCUUAUGUCGUGACGUUGUAAUUUUUACAGAUAUUACAUGAUUUUAUACAAUAGGCGUUGCGACUCUGAAAAAAAUCGGUUGUUAUUUGUUCGAGGCUUGAUGAAAUGAUGCAAAAUGAUUCUGUGAAGAAAUGAGCAGGAAAACCGAUGCUUUAAAACUGCAAAUUUUUCAACUCCUGAUCGCUUUUAAGGUGUACGUCCCUCAGUUAUUAAUGCAAAUGAAAUUACAUAAAAUAGCAUCUGAUAAAAAAUAAUAAUAAAUGCAGUUUCCUUCAGACUCCAUGUGAAAAAGUAAUGUAUUAGAGAGAUUAAUUUAUUUUGAUUAAAUUAUACAAAAUGGAUUUCAUUUUUUAAUAUAUUCCUGUUAUUCACUUACCUAUAACGAAGACAUGCGCGUAAGUAUCUAGAAAUCUUAACUUAUUAGUUCUGACUUGGUUCAGAGUAACCUGCGGCGCAUUUUUUAGAAACAUUAGCUGAAGCCACUAUAAAAGGUCCACUACGCGAUAAUAAUACUACUUAACGUAUCGUCGCUGUUUUUCAUUGUUUGUGCUAGCCAUAUGCCUGUAGAUGUUUUGGUGAAUGACCGGCAAAUUUGUUCCUUAUGUCAUGACUUAUGUCUUCUGAAUGACGCAACUCUGUCUAAUAUAUCUAAUCACUUUCUAUAAAGUGCCAUGACAAACAUUAAUUUUCACAUUAUGGAAUAUUUUACGAGAAUGCAGACUUUGUUAUUCAUAAAUUACUAUAUUUGAUUAGUACUCUGACAAAGGAAUGUUAACAGAUUGAAUGGUAAAUCCUGUAAUUUUAUAUAUACUAUUUCUGAUACAUUCUCAGCCAUCUUUAAUCCAGGAAAAUUCUCUUACAAGGUAGAUUUUGCCCUCUUAAAAUUCUAAUUCCAUUUAACAGGUUGCUAAAACGUCCUUAACUAAGACGCAGUUAUAGGUGCAUGUGCAGUUCUAUACUUCGCAUUUUAUGAAAUAUAAUAUUUGUCGUGUUAUGAUAUAAAAAUCUUGAAAUAGUUUCAGGGUUCAAGUAAAGGAUAUUCGACUAAUUUACGUUACAUGUAGGGACAUUUUGUGCUGGACACAUAAUUUUUAUGUUCCUAACAUUCUUAAUAAGUUUGAUUAGUAUUAUAAAAGAUUUAACAUAAUUGUUAAAUCUCUACUUUCCAUUUAUAUAUAGGGUUAGUAAUACAUGGAACAUAUCUGUACCUGAAAUUAUUUCAUUUAUUUUUUUAAUUAUUUCCUAAAAUAUAAUUUUAUAAUAUACCUAAAUGGUUUUUGUCAAUUCUGAAGAAUGUAUUUUGUAACUUAACAUAAACUGCCCAUUUUUCAUGAUUUAUAGGCGCAGAAAUUUCAAAUUAAAACUUCAAUGGAUCCUUUUAAGGUCCAAAUUCAGUUUUAAUUGAAUCUGUAUAUUCUUGUCAAAUAAAUACGGAGAAUGUAUUGUAAUAUACAUUCAUGGAGCUGCGGCCGUUUCUAGAGCAAGAUUAAUGAAAACACUUGUGUGAAGGGAAAUAAGUAACCUAAUAAAAGGCUCGAAAUUACGAUUUUUAACUGUGAGUGACCAAAUUUUGAGCUCUUUCUUCUUUCUACUAAGGUAUUUACGUGAGUAAAUGAAAAACAUUGCACUUUUUCAUAUGAGUGAGAUCAGUAAUUUUGUAUGUGUGUAUAUAUGCUGUGCUUUUGUAUAUUAUAUUCUACUGUAUACAUUUUAAGUUAUUAAAUGCCUUUGAAGCAUG